AUGCCCAAGUUUAUUAAGUUUGAUGGAAAACAAGGCAAGGCUAGAGAACAUGUGGUGAGGUUCAUUGAAACUCUUAGCAUCCAUGGCAGUGACCACUCUCUACGCCUUCGGGAGUUCUCCAAAUCACUUACUAAAAAGGCUUACAGUUGGUAUGUGAACUUGGCUCCCAACCCGAUCAAGAGUUGGGAAGAGAUGGUGAACAAGUUCCAUACGAAGUUCUUCCAAGUCCAAGAGAAAGUUACAACCCUCACACUUGGGAGAGAUGUCCAAAAAGAAGGCGAAGAUAUACUGGACUAUGUUAAGUGGUUCCAAGAUAAGGCUAUCGACUGUUAUGAGCCAGUGGAUGAGGCUUACUUAGUCAGCAUAUGUGUGAAGGGUGUCAUACGCGACUACAAAAUUUUCUUGGAGGGAGCCGCUCAGAAGAGGAAGAGUUAUGAGGAUAGAAAUACAUAUCCUUGCAGCCUUGAGAAUGUUAAGGCCUUGGUUAAAGAAUGGGUCGCUAAUGGUGAACUUACUUUGCCUCCGCUUGAUGUCACUCCAACCAAGAAAGACAAAGAAAGCCCAGAUUACUGUGCCUAUCACAGAACCACCAAACACCCUACUAGGGAUUGUUGGACGUUAAAAAGUAUCUUCAAGAAGAAAGUUGACGCAAACGAGCUGAAGUUCAAAGAUGCCGAUAAUCGUGAUGUAAGAAAGAACCCCUAUCAUAAUCACAAGGAGAAUGGGAAGAAUGUACACAUGAUUGGUUAUCUUGGGCCUGUAUGCGAUCAAGUGCACAUGGCAUCCUACUAUGAUGAGUUAAAAGAAAUCACAACUGGCCACCUCCCUGAAACAGUACCUGCAGAGGCAAAAUUCGCAAAGGAUACUCAUGCUCAGGCCUUGCAAAAUUUUGUUAAGUUUUGCACUUUCUUUGACCAGUUGGGGUUGAGCCAAGCUGCCAGAUGGAAGCAACAAAGGCCCUCAUCAAUAUCUCUGAAGUGCACCAUGCUGAAGUUGCUGAGGCUAAGGAUUUACAUCAAUGAUGUACAGUUCAAGCGUGCUUUCCUUGAUGGUGGGGUGUCGAUAAACAUCAUCACUACUGAUACAUUUACAAAGGCUGGUAUCCUAGAGUUUAGGUUAAUUCGGCAACCGAUGACUGUAACAGGUUUUGAAGGUGAGAAAAAAGUUACCAAAGGCCAUGUGCUUAUGGACUUAGCAGUUUGCGAGAUCCUCUCCACCACUAAGUUCCAUGUGAUGGAAGCGGACACAAAUUACCAUAUGAUACUUGGUAGGGCUUUGAUGCACCAAUAUGGGGCUAUCCCGUCCAAUUAUCACCAGUGCAUGAAAGUAAAGUUGGAAAAGCAUACAGUGACCAUAAAUGCAUCUGAAAAGCCAUUUGGAGUGGAAAAGGCAUACUAUUCGGAUGCAGUUUUCUUUAUUGAGUUGUCAACGGAUGAAACUCUAAGGACUGGUGAGAUUGUAGGGGUAAAAUUGCCAAAAUAG